AUGCCUGAAACAUCACCAGAUGUUGCCUCAAGUCAAACCACCUCACCUGCUUGCAUCAGCCCUUCCGUACUUUGUCCUCAGUCGUCCGUCUGCAUUUCCCAGAGCCAGUUCUGCAACGGCCAAAAAGACUGUCCUGACAGCUAUGACGAACAGAACUGUGUGAGGCGGUGUCCUUCAAAAAGUGACUUUCGCUGUAAAGACCGUCGGCGCUGCAUCUCAAAGAAUCUGGUUUGUGACGGGCGUGCUCAUUGCUACGACAGUUCGGAUGAGAUUAACUGUCCAGCCAUCACUUAUCCUUCAACUCCUGUGAACAUCCUGAAGUGCCGCCGGGGCUCAACGCCAUGUAACGAUGGCACGGAGUGCAUUUUGGUCAGCCACGUGUGUGAUGGUGAAGUGGAUUGCCGAGAUGGAUCAGAUGAAGAGGGUUGUAUCAAUGAAGAUCUGAAAGUGCCUUCAGAUGUCAGUGAAACUCCUCAAGUUACUCCUGCAGUUACUAUUCCUCAAACCUCAACUCUGCCAGCCUGCAUCAGCCCUUCUGUGCUGUGUCCUCAGUCUCCCAUCUGUAUUACCUCAAGUGAUUUCCGCUGCAAAGACCGUCUGAGUUGCGUUCCGAGGAAUCUGGUUUGUGAUGGUCGCUCUCACUGCCAAGAUGGCUCAGAUGAAAUGAACUGUCCAACUGUAGCACCUGCUACAACUUUACAAAGUGCUUUAAAGUGUCACCUUGGCUCCAGACUGUGUCAGAAUGGGAAGGAAUGUGUCCUCAUCAGCCAUGUUUGUGAUGGAGAGAACGACUGCCAAGAUGGGUCAGAUGAAGUCGGCUGCACUGAAGAGGUGACCAGUACUGUUCCACCCACAACUCCCUCAGGCGAUGUGCCUUUGACAACUGUGUCCUUUACUCCACCUCGGAUGAACUUCCUACGGUGCCGUAAAGGUGCAAAGCCAUGCUCUGAUGGUACGGAGUGUGUUUUACUGAUCCACCUGUGUGAUGGAGAGAACGACUGUCUGGAUGGAUCUGACGAACAGGGAUGUCCUGAGAUCUGCAAAGAAGGUGAGUUUCAGUGCGCCCAUGGGAAGAUGUGCCUCCCUCAGUCUCAGGUGUGUGAUGGAAAAGCUCAGUGCCUGGAUCAUUCCGAUGAGCUGAACUGUUGGGAACCAAUGAAGAGCUGCGAGCACCACUGUCCGGAUGGCAAACGGUGCAUCCCAAAGAAAUUCCUCUGCGACGGAGAGAGAGACUGCCUGGAUGGCUCGGACGAGAUGGGCUGCAGUUCAUCACUGUGCAUCUCUGACACACAGCUGUGUGAUGGACAGAAAGACUGUCCUGAUGGCUUUGACGAGGACAACUGUAUCACUGCAUGUAGAAACCCAGGUGACUUCUUGUGCAAAGAUCGCAGAAAGUGCAUCUCCAGGGAGCAAGUAUGCGACGGACGCUAUCAUUGUGCCGACAGCUCUGAUGAAAUGCAGUGCCAGUCGGAGGAUGCCACUGAUCCUCCCUUACUUCCCCCCCCCAAAGCCUCCGUUGACGUAUUUGGAGUCAGGACAUCCCCUCUAAAAUGCCGUAAAGGUUCUAAACUGUGUGCCGACGGCCGGGGGUGUGUUCUGUACAGCCAUGUGUGCGAUGGAGAGAUGGACUGCCAGGAUGGGUCCGACGAAAAGGGAUGUGCCUCUCAGUGCAAAGAUGAGUUCCAGUGUUCCCAUGGGAGUAAAUGUGUCCCUCGGGAGCAGGUGUGUGACGGGCGGUACGACUGUCAGGAUCGAUCAGACGAGCUGAACUGUGAGAAGCGGGUCGAGGGCUGCAGUCAUCUCUGCGAUAACAACACUCGCUGUAUACCGGAGACGUUCCUAUGCGACGGCGAGGUGGACUGUGCUGACGGGACGGACGAGGAAAAGUGUGGUUCAGUGAUCUGCCCAGAUGGCUACUACCACUGUGCCAGUGGCCAGUGCAUAUUUGAAGCUCUGAGAUGUGAUGGACACGCAGACUGCUUUGACCGCUCAGAUGAGGUGGGUUGCCGUAAACCUCCGCACUGCCCAACAGAACUCCAGUGCCCACACAGCCAUGAGUGCCUGCAGAAGGAGUGGCUGUGUGAUGGUGAGGAGGACUGCAAGGACGGGUCAGAUGAGAAGAAGUGUCUGAUGCCACCAGCAAAGUGCAGAGAAUUCCAGUGGCAGUGUGGAGACAGCAGUCAGUGCAUCCCUGUGUCCUGGAGGUGUGAUGGAAAGAUGGACUGUGACAAUGGCUUGGAUGAAAACAAAUGUAAAAAGAUGAAAUGUCCUCCUCAUCUUUACUCGUGUGGGAGUGGUGAGUGUGUGAACCCCACUCUGGUGUGUAACGGUGUCUCAAACUGUGUGGACGGUUCAGAUGAAGGUGUGGGAUGCACACAAAGCAACUGCUCCAGUCUGUCUGCACCUCAGUGUGAGGACACCUGUGUUAGCACCCCAAAUGGACCGAGGUGUUCCUGUGCCGCUGGCUUCAGGCUGCAGUCGAAUAGAGUUUCCUGCGAGGACGUUGACGAAUGCAAUGAAACGCCACUUCAAGUUUGCAAACACAUCUGUAUUAACUCCCGGGGGUCCUACACCUGUUUUUGCCACCUUGGUUUCUACCUGGAGCCUGACAACAAAAGCUGCAAGACCAAAGAUGAACCUUUACUUCUGGCUUCAGUGCAGUCAGAGCUGUUGCUGCUGGGCGUGCACAGCGGCACUUUGAGUCUCCUGUCAUCUGCCAGUCGGCCGGUCUUCGCUUUAGAUUUUCACUGGAGUCAGCAGAGGGUUUACUGGCUCAGUCCCGUUUACCAAACUAUCCGCUGGGCUGACAUGAAAAACGCCAACAAAGGGACGCUCAUCAAAGGAGUGAAGUCGGACUCUAUUGCAGUGGACUGGGUGGGGAACAACCUGUACUGGGUAGAUGGACUGAUGGGCCAGAUUCUUGCAGUGAAGCUAAGCGAUGCCAUAGUAAGACCUCAGGACUACACCGUGGUCCUUGGAGAUGCUGUGGAACAGCUGAGGUCACUGAUUUUAUUGCCACACAGAGGGCUGAUGCUGUGGUCUGAGAUCAGCAGCACCCCUCAGAUCAAGCAGGCCGGGAUGGACGGUUCAAACAGGAAGGUGCUGGUGAGCAGUGGGCUGCGCUGGCCAGUUGGGCUGGCGUUUGACCUCUUGGAUAACAGGGUCUACUGGGCUGACGAGAAGCUUCGCUGCAUCGGCUCGGCUUCUAUGGAUGGAGACAAUGUCAAAAUCCUGCAGUUGGCUGAAACACCAAGCCCCUUCUCUGUGGGGGUCUUCAAUGAUCGAGUCUUCUGGUCUGACACCAAGAAGAGAACCAUUCGCUCAGCUGAGAAGAACACUGGGAAGCGUCAGAAGGUUCUUCUGAAGAGACCCGGACAGCCAUUUGGCCUCAAAUUGAUGCAUGCACUUUCCCAGCCAGACAUGUCCAAUCCCUGCAACCAGCUGCACUGCUCCCAUCUCUGCCUGCUGGCCCCAACACUGAGGGGGAAUUCUGCAGAGCCAGGGAUGCCAGCAGGAGUCUGUCGAUGCCCACCAGGGCUGCUGCUCUCACAAAACAAAACUACCUGCUCUCUACCAGAGGACACGUCUUUUAUCCUCUUCCUGUCUCAGACUACAGUCACUCUGACAUACUUGCAGUCGAUACAUCGUGAUAUUGUGGGGUUGAAAAAGCUACCGAAUGGUAGAGAUUUGGCCCUGCCCUCAGGAACAGAGGCCUCCAAGCUGGAGGUGUCCGUCCAUGGUGGCUUCAUGUAUGUGGCUGAUGCACAAGGAUCCAUCAGUAUACUGAUGUUGAAUGGAUCCAGGUCAGAACUAAGCCUGACGCUUGCUGGACAGAUUGUAAAAUUGGAGGAUGACCAUGUUAUGGCACUGGCACUUGACUGGGUGACCUCUAACCUCUACUGGACCUCCACUGGGCGUCCUGACCUCCAUGUGACCUCCCCUAAGGGUUACGCCACCUCUCUGCUGCAGGGGUCACUGAAGAGCACGACAUCCAUUGCAGUCCAUCCACCGUCAGGGCAGCUCUGCUACACAGUGCUCGGUGUAACGAACGGGAAGAACCCGGCACAGGUCGAAUGUGCCUACAUGGACGGUCGUAACCAGGAGGUGUUGUGGAAGAAGUCAACAGCUCCCAGCUCACUGAUCUUUUCCAAAGAAGGAACCAGAGUGUACUGGGCCGACUCAGGUGAAGGAACCAUCAGCUCUGUUGGGUUGGAUGGUUCCGGAUAUAAACAGUUCCAAGCAGGACCAGGUCUACUGGUCUCCUUCACCCUGACUGAGAACAUUUUGCUGUGGGUCACCCUGAGCAACGAUGUAACCAAGCUGUGGUUCACUGAUGGUCUGCAGCCAAAACAGAUGUGGUUUGAGACUAAAAGCAGCAUAAUAGAAGUCAAAGCUUACAGCAACAACAGCCAGUCUGGUAGAAUAGACUCCCUGAGCUGCAGACUUGGCACAGUCGAAACCUGUUCUGCACUGGGAAAGGACAGUGAUGAAUGGAGCUCUGUAUCACAGCACAGUUUGUGUUGA